CCCCUCAGCAAGGUCGACUCCGCCAUCGACGACACUCCGGGUUCGCCCUCCGACAAGCCCAUCAGGCAUCGGAGAACAAGUAGCACCGUCAGCGGUGUGUUCAACAUCCUCGACCUUGAGAAGGAAGGCGUAGACCUCGCCAUCGCGCCGGAGACGCAGAGGCUGAACUGGAAAGUCAACACCUCCCCAUCAUCAAUCGACGACCCGGCCUACCUCAAGCUCCCCCUCUGCAAGCCUCCAAUCAAGAAGAUCGACCUCCGGUUCCCUCUGGGCCUGGAAGUCACCGCCCGCAACAACAAGGGUGUGACGAUCAAGGACGCCAUGGACGCCAUCCACAAGCAGUUCAAGAAGAAGGCCGAUGACGAACUCGACGCCCCUUACCUUGCGGGAUUCGAGUGGGACCGCGAAGAGUCGUACACACGCUUCAUCGUGCACCAGAAGAAGACGGGCGAUGCCCCGUCCGGCGGCGCGGGCAAGAAGAGCAAGAAGAGCAAGGGCGAGGAG